UUACAAACUUUGUACGUAGUUGUGUCGUGUCUACCAUAUACAACCAUGAGUAAAGAAGAAAAGAUUAAAACCUUUAGAAGUAAAGGAAAUAUUUGUUUUAAAAAUAAAAAAUUCUCGGAUGCAAUAUCAUAUUACAGAGAAGGUCUACAGCUCGAUCCAGGAAAUCCGCAUUUAAAUAGUAACUUAGCACAGGCUUAUCUAGAAGAACGUGAUUUUGCAAGUGCAGAAUAUUAUGCUAAGAUAGCAAUUGCUAACAGCAAGGAUUCAGCAAAGGGAUACUUUCGAGCGGCGAAAGCCUCUGCUGGUCUAGGAGAUAAUACUAAGGCAAUAAAGUACUUGGAAGACGGGAUUAACUGUUGUAAUAUGUCAGAUACAGAAGAUCUGAGACAUUAUCUUCGGACCUUGUAUGACAAGGAUCCUACAUGCAUAGGUGUUACUUCCAAAAGUCCGCAAGAGGAUGUUAAUGAAAUUGAGGAUUUACCAUCUCUAACCUCAGAUUCUGACUCUGACGAGGACAUGAACAGCGACAAGCUGCGGAGUCGAUCUACAUCCAGAAUGCCUGCCAGUGCAUCAUUCUUGGGCGUUAAUAAGACAUCCGUUACUAACCAGCGUAGCGUUAGUGUGUCCCGUGAUAGCAAUAGUUACACAGACAUUAAAAAAAAUAAACCAAAGAUGAAGAAGAAGACAGCCCGCCAAGAAAAGGGUCUGUUUAUUGCGACACUGGAAACUAUAAAGAAAGAGAUGGGAGUAAAAGAAAUUACACCAGAACAGUUCUGGAGUAUGCAGCGAAACGAGCUUCAGUCACUUCUGAAGGAGGGGUCCGAAAUAAUGGCAAGUGGACUGUCCAGAAAAGCAGUUGAAAAAUAUAAAGCUGCACUUCAUAUGAUCCUGGAUCAUACUGUUGAGAAUUUCAAGAUGAAGGAAAUAGACCUCAUCGUGUUAAAAUACGCUCUUUGCAUUUGUUGGAUUCAACUGGCUGGUUAUGGAGACAUUGUCAAAGCCGUGGAGUACCUGAAGGAUAUUGAAGAUAAUCGGGUGUCUAAAUUCCCUGCUGUGUACUAUGGCUUGGGAAGGGCGUAUUAUAAAUUAAACAGAUAUAAAGUAGCAGCAGAACAUUUGGAGAAGGGUUUGUUAUUUUUGAAACGAGGAGUUACGUUUGAAACUCAUUCCUGGCCGGGAACUAACGAUGUUAUUUCAGAAACAACAAGAAAUGGUCUCGAGGACGGUCUAAAAGGAUUACUUAAAAUGUGUCGUGUUUACCAUGAACCUGAUGCGAUUUGUAAAUACAAUCAGUGUCAUAAAAUUAGUUCUCAUAUAAUUCCUUCGGAACAUAUUUUCUACAGUGAUCCAGAUUUUAGUGGUUUUGUUACUGUAAUUUGUCAAGAAAAAUGUAGAAUAGAAUACCAUUUGGGGUGUUGGAAAGACUAUAAAGAAGCUAUAAUGUCCACCGAAAUAGGGAAGUUGUCUGACAAGGAUUUUAUAGGAAGAUCUUGCCCAACAACAGAUUGUGUUACCCAGGCAAAUGAAUGUUCCGUAAUAACAAAAAUAGAGAUAGUGGGUGAUGAUGCAACUGUUAGGACUUCCAUUGAAGCCCCAAAGGUGGAGACACCUAUUAAAGAGUCCAAGAAAGCAAAGAAAAGGAAGAAUGAAAAAAGUACCGAAGUCGCUGCUCAGGAAAAGCCAAAAAGUAAGCCGGUUACAAAAAUAAAGAAAACUCUCCCAGAAACAGUGCAAACAGCAUCACAGGAAACACAGGCAACCAGCUCAGCGGAGGAGUUGGCAUUGCGACUCGACAGGCUAAAGCGUCUAAGAGAAUUUAAUUUUGGAUAUACAGAUGAUCAUUGGAAUCCAAAAGAAAAUCAUUAUGGUCGUGAAGAUAUACUUUCCUUGGAUCAUUUUUUGAGCCCUGAAAUUACUGAGGAGACUGAAGAAAGUAGAGGAAAAAAAGAGUUUAUUUUUUCAUAUUUCUUUGAAUUCAUACGAAAUGAAGGACCGCAGAAGAUUAAAGAAGUUGAACUGAAGUGGCAGAAUGAAGUUGGUAAAUUUGAAGGAGUGUAUGAUUGCAUGAGCUCACACACUAGUAUCUGCAAUUUUUUGCUUCAGUCGUACCGAUUUGCUACUAUUGAUGACUACAUGUGCCUUGCGGAACAGCUGGCUGAUACUUAUAAUACGGCAAAGACAGAACUUGUUGAGAGCUUGUCCUUCACUUUGAGUGGAUUUAUAAAUCGUACAGACCCAGUAACUGACAUGUCACUGAUCGACAAUAAUAUUAAAAUGGGAAUCGAGUACCCAAUGUAUGAAAAUCCCAAUGUGGUUCCUGAAUUUGAGUCAUUAUUAAAAAGUAAUAUACAUACACAUAUUUCUGACAGUAAAACAGCUGUUGAGUCCAUGCUAGGACCAUUUGCUGAUAAACCGUCAGGAAGUACAAGCAACAGUGAAACAUUAAUUCCUCAUGCUGGAGUGGAUGUUCUAUCAGAAGAUCCAGAUAUCAGUACUGCAGAAGAUAAUGUUAUGAGAACUAACGAGAGACGUUUCAUUUCUGUAUCUGAAGGUAUUUCAUGUGAGGAGGAAAAUAUGUAUUCAUUUUCAAGUGAUAUCAGCUCUUAUGAUUCUGACGAGAUUGACAGCCGUUGUCAUCAACUUGAUGAUGAUGGAGUAGAGCAGCAGAAAAAUCUUGACACCCAAAAGGAGAAGACAUGGAAGAACGAGGAGAAAGAUAAUGGAAUGGUGAACGUGGAGGAAGAGACCAAAGGUUUAAAAAAUAGUUUAAAUAUUUAUGCUAGUGCAUUUGAACCUUCAGCAAAAGUAGUACCACAAGAAGAGCAGAAGGACUCUUAUCAUAGAGAAGAUGCUGAAACAAAAACAGCUGCUAGACUUGUUUCUGCUCCAGCUGAAGAGAUUCAGUUGAAUGCUGCAACCUCAGAGUAUAAUGCCUUCACACAUUCAAAACCUGGGUGGUGGCGCCUGGAGGAAGGUCAGACUGAAGGCUCAGGUCUGUACCAGAUGCUUGCAUACUCACAAAGAACAGCUGUUCCUCCGGUUACAGCAGACCAGUUUCAAGUACCUCACUUAAAAACAUCUACUUCACCUGCGCUUCCUUUGCAUCAGUUCCCUAAAUCAAGUGACGGUAAUACCCUGACAGAUGAAAUCCGAAAUUUUGAGGAGAAAAUAAAAGUUUUAGAAAGUACAGUGAAGACACUGGAAAUGGAGUUGAAAAAUGAGAAGAAUGAAAAUGAAAUACAUAAAAAGACUUCAGAAUUAAAAGUGGAAGAAUUGGAGAAAAAAAUCAAGGAAUUAGAGUUAGAGAGAACUGAGGUCGUGGAGGGAAAGGAUGAAGAUAUCAGAAGCCUGAAGGAGAAAUUAAGCAAGAAAGAAGAAGAAUGCGAAGCAGAAAAGUCCAAAUGUGAAGAAGUAAAAAGUGAAAAAGAAAUAUCAGAAAACAGGGCAAAGGAAAUCAUGAGAAACCUGAUAAGUGAAACAGGACAGAAAGUGAAAGAGCUAGAAGAGGAAUUGGAAGUAAGAAAACGUGAUAUGAAGCAGUAUCAGCAUCUCGUUCUGAAAGCAAAGAAAGAGACAGGAGAGGUUCAAAUAAAAUUCUUGAAGCAGAAAUGCUUUGAUGUAUUGGAAGCCAUGAGGUGCAGGGUGAAAUAUCUCACAGAUUCUGGUAUCCCAACUAAGACUGACAUUGCAGUAGCUAUAAAGAAUUGGGAACAAUAUCUUCUUGCCAUUACGGAACAUGAAAUUCAGUUCAGAGUACAUUGUACAUCAUUGAAUGAAAAAUCAGGAAACAUUACUCUGGCAGACUUCAUUAAACUAGAAUGGCCCGAUCCGCCCAAAGAACCCAGUUGUCCAUUAGACCUGUUAGAAGAAGUGAUGCUGAAAGCAUUGGAUGAGGUAGAGAGUAUGAAAGAGAAAUUGAUAACUCAAGAUAAAGAAAUGUUGCAAGUGAAAGCAGAACAACUGAAGUUUCUGAAUGGUCUCACAGUAGUGGAAGAGCAACGAUUGAAACUUGGGAAAGCAAUAGAAGAUAGACAAAAAAAAGUUACAAAUCCUUUAAUCGGUAAAGAACCGGCGCUGCAGCCAGGUGUAGUGGAGGAAAUGAAUAAGGCGGUGGAGCAGUUGGGCCCCUCAGAUCCAAAGGGAGAAGCAAAGGCGGGAAAAACACCUGAACAGCUGAUGCAGUCAGAAGAGAAGGGCUUGAAGCAGAAUAUAAAUUCAGGCGCUUAUUUCGCAUCACCUUUUCAAGUUAAUCCUCUGAUAGGUGUGCCCAUAUACCAGAAUUCCACACAGGGCUAUGGAUAUCAGCCUGCGUUGCCGAGUUCACCUUAUUUCUGUCAUCCACAAAUGCCAGUGCCAAUGCAGCCGGCCCCUCCAGUUACCAUUUUCAGUUCACCUUUCCAACCCAAUACACUUUUGUCUUCUAUGGGGAGUGACAAGCCUCCAGUGCAGCAACAAGCGGAACCAAAGCCUGCAUCAGCUGUCAUUCUCACAGAGUUCACUAAAAUUCCAACCAGUGCUGCAAGUGUGGCUGGCAAAUCACAGCCACCAUUAGGAAGUAGAGAAGUGCCUGAGAAAAAGAAGUCACCCUCACCAGCCUCAGGGUUUACUCCAGCUGAAAUUACUAAAACUGUGCCAACACCAAGUACGUCUCCUACAGUAGCAAGCCAGGGGUUAGGUAUUAAAACUGUACCCAAAGGUUCUUCUUCUGCAGCAUCAUCAGUUGACAUAUCAAAACAGAAAGUACUCCAGAUGUCGAACCCUUCUGAUGCACCAAAGCCUCCAUUGCAGAUGCCAUCAGAGACCCCUACAGCCUCUGCUGUUAAACCAAGUUCUAAUAAUACAUCAGCACCAAAACCUAAGACAGGCAGUUACCAGAAACUUAUGAAGGAGCUACGCAAACACUUCCCAACCAAAACGGAUGAAGAGCUGGCCUCAAGUGUUGCCGUAGUACGUGCAAGGAAUAAUAAUUCCCUAACAGGCCAAACUGUACCCAGCAUAAUUAAUAUGGUGGAUAAAGUCCUGAAAGAUAAAUCGAGCAAGAAGCAAGGUUCAAUGGGUCUGGACAGAUUUGGUGGUGCUGCCUGGGGUGGAGUGCAAGAGUCUGCGUCAGGCUGGGCAAAAUCAAAUCAGACUUCAAAGGAUGACUGUAUUAUUUGUUUUGAGUCAAUGGAGAAAGACCUGACCUCCCUACAUUGCAAACAUUCUUUCCACACUGAGUGCAUAAGACAGUGGCUUCGCACUGAGAGUGUUUGCCCAAUCUGCCGCUUGUUCACACGUAUGGCUGAUGAAUUCCCACCGUUGUCUUAAGAACACAUGAGGAUGAUAUAACAACAGAAUCUUUUUUUCUUCUUCUUCUCCAGUGUAUAUCUAGAUGGCUUCAAAAGGGGAGAGUGUGUCCGCUCUGCAGAACUGUUGAUGAAUAUCCACCUUUAAUAUGAAGACUGUGUGGCACAUCAGUAUCAUACUCUGUUAAGAAAUGUGAUAAAAAUAACUCUGUGAAAUUGUUUGAAAAUUAUUUUUACAAUUGUGUGACCUUCGAAGUUACAUAACCACUGGUUAUGCUUGAAAACAGAUUAACAAAAAAAAACUUCAUUUGAUUAUCAUAUAGCAACUUUCAUUGUCUUUAUUAUGCUGCGUUUUCCAUUUUCCCCAAAUUAUAAUUUUUAUAUUUAAAUGACCAGUGAAUAAGCUAAUUGCAUUAAAGGGCACAUGAUUUUCAGGAUUCUUAUUUGGAUAAUACAGGCCUUGCUCCCAUAAGCUUACUUUCAACAUAUUAUACAACAGUUUGUGAUUAGGAAGCAGCUUGUAACUUCUCUUUUAAAAAUAAAUACACGCCUUCCUGAAAGUUACUUGUUAAUUGUUAAUUUUGUUUGGUUGAUACAGCAUGUGUUUAUAACUAGUAUAUCAACUCCAUUUGUCACAUUAUAUGCUGAUUUGUCUAGUGUAAAAUGAUGUGCAAAUGAAAUAGUGCAGAUACUGAGAACUCUUGCAAGAGACUUUAACAAAUAUGGAUGGUGCAUUCCUAUGUCAGUAAUUCAUAGCUAUUGUAAAGGUUGCACCACUUACUGGAGCAAGCAGUGGAGUUGAUUAAGUGUUACAUUUAUAUACUUUGGACAUCAGAGAAGUUUCAGUCUUUUAAUUUUCUGUUUUCAGAUGUUUAUAGUUGUUCGUAUUGACAUGAUCUUGUUCAACUUUUGUUUUAUACGUAUAUUAUGUCAGUGCACAUGAGCUAACUAGUUUUCAGAAAUAUUUUGCAUAUAACAUACUUCUGAAGAAAUAUAAUACACCUACACACUUCAGGAUAUGUAUUCAGCUUGCAUUAACAACACAGUACUUCCCUACCAAAGGCUUAUAUUUCAUGCUGACCAAAAAUCCAGAGUACACAUAAAAAUUAUCACCAUUACUUUAUGAUACUCUUAAUAAAAAUAAUAAUAUAAUUCCACAGGAUUUAUCUCUUAGUCUUUUUGCUUAAUGAUUAUGACCCAUUCUUUUUGUAUUUUGAAUUCAGGGCUCCAGAACUGAAACCGAAAUCUACUUUACAAAACCCACUUGUUCUUUAUUUUAUAAUAUUAAAUGUCAACUUGUGGAAUGGAAGUAAUCAUUCUUUAAUUUGCCAUCUGCAUUUCACACAUAAUGAUUCAUUAAAUUUUGAUAUGUUCAUACUGAAGCUUGAAGCAUAUAUGCUGUUCGCUUCUGUUAAGUUUUCCAUGGUGAGUGGGAAAAUGUAUUUAUGCAGUGCAGUUGAUUCUCAGACUUAAUACUAUUGAGCCCUGUUUGAAUAUAUUAAAAACCACGUAAUUUUCAAUAAACCACUAUGGAUAAACCUUUAGACUUUGAUGUUGUCUUGUUUUAUUUUGUUGUAUUUCCAGUAUAUAUCAAAGUAAUUACAAAAAGCUGUAUAGCUACAAAUAAAACAUCUUUAAAAAUGUGAAGCAAUGAGUAUAAUAUAAAUCACUCUGUCCUAUCCAGUGAGUUCAGGAAGAAGCUGUUGCAUCAUUUACCUAUGAAUGUAUAAAGGAUUAUGUUUAAGACAAUAAAACUGCAUAAUUAUUCAUAA